AUGUUGAAUAGUUCACAACCAUUACCCUCUUAUAAAGUAGUAGUACUAGGAGAAUCAUCAGUAGGUAAAACUUCAUUAGUUCAUAGAUUUACAUCAAAUAAAUUUAAUAAUCAUACAUCAAACACAAUUGGAGCGGCAUUUAUAACAAAAGAAUUUUCAUCAACUAAAGAACCUGAACGGAAAAUAAACUUAGAAAUAUGGGAUACUGCGGGACAAGAAAGAUAUAGAUCAUUAACUCCAAUGUAUUAUAGAAAUGCAAAAGUUGCAUUAGUUUGUUUUGAUUUAAGUAAUUUUGAAAAUACUUUUAUAACUGCAAAAUAUUGGAUUGAGCAAUUAAAUUUGAAUAAUAGUUCUACAAUAAAUAAUGAUGAUGGUAUUGAAAUACGGCUAGUUGGUACAAAAUCGGAUUUGAUAAGCAGCUCAGAAGAUGAAGGAAACAAAAGUUUAAUUAAUAAUGAAAUUGACAGUUUUUUACAUAAUCAGAAAGAGACUAUAAAAGCUUAUAAUGAAACUAGCUCGAAGAAUGGUACCGGAAUAGUAGAGUUAUUUGAAAACAUCAUAGAAAAUAUAAGUGAAGAGUAUAUCAAAAAUCAUUAUGAAAUGUUGAAAAAACCAAAAGAUAAUAAUAUUGGUAGUAUGCUACAGUCUAGACUGAACUUCUCAUCAAGUUGUUGUUGA